ACCAUGGAUGCACAUCUCUUCGACUACUCGGAGCCGGGGAACUUCUCCGACAUCAGCUGGCCGUGCAACAGCAGCGAGUGCAUCGGCGUCGACACGGUGCUGUGCCCCGGCAUGCCCAACAAGAGCGCGCUGCUGUACACGCUGUCCUUCGUGUACAUCUUCAUCUUCGUCAUGGGCAUGAUCGCCAACUCCGUGGUGGUCUGGGUGAACAUCCGGGCCAAAACCACGGGCUUCGACACCCACUGCUACAUCCUGAACCUGGCCAUCGCCGACCUGUGGGUGGUCCUCACUAUCCCGGUGUGGGUGGUCAGCCUGGUGCAGCACAACCAGUGGCCCAUGGGCGAGCUCACCUGCAAAGUCACACACCUCAUCUUCUCCAUCAACCUGUUUGGCAGCAUCUUCUUCCUCACGUGCAUGAGCGUGGACCGCUACCUGUCCAUCACCUACUUCACCAACACCUCCGCCGCCAGGAAGAAGGCGGUGCGUCGCGUCGUCUGCGUCCUGGUGUGGCUGCUGGCCUUCUGUGUGUCCCUGCCUGACACCUACUACCUGAAGACCGUCACGUCGGCCGCCAACAACGAGACCUACUGCCGGUCCUUCUACCCCGAGCACAGCAUCAGGGAGUGGCUGAUCGGCAUGGAGCUGGUGUCCGUGGUCUUGGGGUUCGCCAUCCCCUUCUCCAUCAUAGCUGUCUUCUACUUCCUCCUCGCCAGGGCCAUGUCGGCCUCGAGCGACCAGGAGAAGCACAGUAGCCGGAAGAUCAUCUUCUCCUACGUGGUGGUCUUCCUCAUCUGCUGGCUCCCCUACCACGCCGUGGUGCUCCUGGACAUCUUCUCCAUCCUGCACUACGUCCCUUUCACCUGCCAGCUGGAGAACUUCCUCUUCACGGCCCUGCACGUCACUCAGUGCCUGUCCCUGGUGCACUGCUGUGUCAACCCCGUGCUCUACAGCUUCAUCAACCGUAACUACCGCUAUGAGCUCAUGAAGGCCUUCAUCUUCAAGUACUCGGCCAAAACCGGCCUCACCAAGCUCAUUGAUGCCUCCAGGGUGUCCGAGACAGAGUACUCUGUAUUGGAGCAGAGCACCAAAUGAUGGGCACGACCCGGCCCUGGGGUCCCUGUACUUGUUCUCUUCAAGAGGGAAGCCAAGUGGCUUCGGGUCUUGACACUCAAGAAGUUGAAGAGGGAA